AUGAUGCUGAAGCCGUUGGACCCGUGCAUGAGCAGUACGCAGUGGCAGCAGAAGACGUACCACAACGGAGGACUCGACGACAAGUUGCCCACACUUGCGCGACGGGAUGACGACGGCGGUGUGCAGACGACUGAAGUGCGGGAGACGACGAGUGUGACCACGACGCGGUCGCCCACAAAGCCGAGUCCGACAACGACGCAGAGGCGCACGAUGGCAGCGGCGGCGAAGACGAAUGCCGCCGGCAGUAGCCAGCCAACGAAGAACGGAGACCCGACCGUGACGAACGUGCAGCCGAAGCCGACGGAGAUGCUGCGAGGAACGACGAAUGCGCAGAAGGCGACGGUGGAGCAGCGCCGACUCCCAACGUACCAGGAGUCACCGGCAAUGACUCUGCAGCUCACCAACGAAGCCAUUGCAGCAGCGCAAGCACGCAGUCGACUUGUGCAGAAUAUGAUGACGGACGGAGCACAUCGAGGCAUGAAGGUGACACAACAAUACGGAUUAGUGCUCAUCGACACGAAGAAGGGGAAACGAAUCAUCUUACCUCCGGAACUGUGGCCGAUUGCAUUCAAGGAAAGUCAUGAUUCGGUUUGGGCAGGACACCUGAGAGCACCGCACACGUAUGAGCGGAUUGCACUCUCGGGGUUUUACUUCCGCCCGUGUCGCGACGAGAACGACGAGGUGAUUCUCGAGUAUUUCCGUUGCCGUUGCGGCACGGUUCGGAAGCAAACCCAUAGGAACGGGUACUCCAACGUGAUGCAACAUAUCAGGCGGGAGCACCCUGACUACGAGACUGUCAUGCUCGACGCUACGACGGCGGAGACAGGCUCCCUCGUGAACUUCGUCCGCCACUCGGCGCUUAACCUCCACGGCUGGAUGGUUUGGAUUGUCAUGUGCAACCUGCCACUCUCUUUUUGUGAGAGCCGAGAAGCUCGGCGCUACUCCAGCCUGGACCCCAUCUCGGAGGAAACGCUGCGGGCUGGCAUGGACGGGGUCGUCGUCUCCGUCGAGCGUUCGAUUGCGUCGGAGCUCCCAGCACGCUUCGGCAUCAUGCUCGACGGCUGGACACACGCAUCUAAGCACUACGUCGCCGUGUUCGCGUGCUAUGAGGUGAACGGCUGUCCCAAGACAACGCUUCUCAGCAUAGCCCCGCUGCUGGACGCGCUUGACGACGAUCUCUCCGCGCAGGGCCAUCUCGAGUUUCUAGCGACCAUGCUGCCGCGCGAUUACGGCGUACAGCUGGCGCAGUGUCGCUUCCUCGUAGCUGACAACUGCGCCGUAAACCGGCGGCUGGCAACUCUUAUGAGUGUGCCGCUUGUUGGUUGCGCAAGCCACCGCCUGAACCUUGCUGUUCAGGCGGACAUGGCGUCGCAUGAGGAGGAGCUGGCUGCUGUGCAGGCGCUCAUGGACACGCGCUGGAGCUCUACGUUCGAGAUGGUACGGCGCUACCUCCAGCUCUUCGAGUUUCUUGACGCCGAAGACGACGACCUCAUGGACCUGCUGCCGCCGCCGGCGAUGAACAAGCGACUGCGGGCAUUGUACCAGGAGCUGUGCGACAUCGAGUCGGUCUCGAAGGCCCUUCAAGGCCACGACGCCGACCUGCUGGACGUUCGCGAGUGGUUCGACGAGCUGAUCGCUGUCAAGCCACAAUAUGCGCGCUACAUUGGGCCUCGGGCCAACAUUGUGCACAACCCAGAUUUUGAGGCUGGGUGUGUACGCGUUCUCCGCGGGAAGGCGCAGCGGCUGACGCGUGCUGAAAAGGCCGCUUUGCAGCCCUUCGAAGCUGCCAGACCGGACGACGCGGCCGCGAGUGAAGAGGAGGAGGAUCCAGCCGCGUCGUUCGUGGAGCGUCUUCGGAAGCGCCGGCGGCUUGCACAGGACCGUGUCAAGUAUGAGCAGCUGAAGAGCAUCCCACCCACGUCGAACGUGGUGGAACGCUUCUUCAGCAUUGCUCGGAAUCGGUCGUACUGGGAUGCAACGACUGUGGACAAUUUGAGCUAG